AUGCCUCCUGCACCCCACCCCCAACCCGCCGAGCUCGCAGUACCAUUCCGGGCUGGCUGUUGGGACACCGACGACAAAAUCGUGCCUCCAAGCGACGCGCCGCGCGAGCGCGUCGCCGGGGACUCACAGCUCGAAGUCGGCUUUCUGAAGACGGACCUGCCGGGCAAUAACGGCGGCAUGUCCCGCUGGCGCAAGGCAGGCGCCAGGGUUUUCAUCAAGCCAAACCAAGCCAGGGUGUUGGUCUCGACGCAAUAUGACCGUAACAAAUUCAACCGCAUCAGCUCAUGGAACACUAAGCUUGUCGUCUUCUGGGCGCGUCAUCGCCUGGUCGAUUCAGCCGAAGCGGGCGAGUCCAAGCCCACUGCCGCCGCGUCCCAGAGCGCCGAUGACAGGGUCAAACCGGCCGUCCGCGUACGCAUCGCUGAGCGCCAUGACCGUUUGGUGCAACCACGACAAAUCUCGACGAUCAUCCAAAGGAUACAAGAGAUCGUUCAAGAUAUGACGGCGAUGGCGGCUUCAGGCAAGGGAAAGGCAACGCUGCACUCGCUUAAGCGGACCAUCUGA